AUGGAUUUUGAUUCGAUGACGUCAGGGACGACGACAGCGCCGACGGCGGAAGAAAGCAGAAGACAAAGUUCCGUGAGUUUUAAAGAAACGGAUACUAAUUUGGAACAAAAUUCACCGUCACCGAAAGUACCUAAAAAAUUUAUUAAUAAUUGGAAACAAGCAUGCGAUAGAACAAAAGAUCGUACGAAAGAAUUAUUAAAAAAAUGGAGGACGAUACCGGAUACAAAUCAAACAACGACGGAUAUAAUAAUAUCUUGCCCGCAAUCGAACGAAACGAAUUCUCGAACUAAUAAUAAUAAUAAUAAUACGACAAAUUGGAGCGAACACGUUUGGAGUGCAUGGGUUAAAAGAAGUUCGAGCGGUGAAGAAGAAAUAAAUUAUAAUUACGAAUUAACGGAUUUACAAAAGAUAAAAUUAAAUUAUUUUUUUGUUUCUUAUUUGGAUUUGGAUAGAGAUGAUUUUAUAAGUUUAACGGAUUUCGAUGGUUUUGCCGAACGCCUCCGCCAUUUUUCCGAUUGGUCGAAAAAUUCAACGGAAUAUCACAGAUUAAAAGAAGUACAAAAAGGUUUUGUACAAGUUUUUCUAUUUCCUCCUGGACAAGAUAAUUAUGUACAUUCAUACGAUCAAUGGUUUGAUAAAUGGACUGGAGUUUUAGGUAAAAGUCAAAAUUUUAACGAUUUACCCAUUUGGCUUCAAUAUUUUCCCAAAAUAUUAUUUAACGUCAUUAAUCGUACCGGAAAUGGAAUAAUAACAAAACAAGAAUUGAUUUCCUUUUUUUCUUCUCUUCUAUCAUUACCCUCGACGCAAAUCAAUUCAUUUGUCGAUGAAGCUUAUAAAACUAUGACGUCGAAUAACGAAUUCGAUUUGACUUACCACGUGUAUCGUCUUUGUUUUGCUAAUUUUCUUUUUGCACAAUAUCCAAACGGUCCUGGACAAUUUAUUUUCGGUCCAAUACCGAAUUUAAAUGAUAAAAAUUUCUUUCCAAUCGAUUAUAAAUUAUUAAAAUGUCCGCCAAACGAACUCGAACAAUAUAAUCCUAAAAUCAAAUCUAACAGAACGUCAAUUGUUGUUUAA